GCAGGGGGGGACUGGCAAGAGACAUCCUUCCUUCUUUUGUACGGCGUGUAUAUAGCUCACCGCUUCUUCUAAUAUAAUCUCAUGCUGCACAUAACGGCAUACAACUUGAAACUGAAUCAAAAAGGGCAAACCUGGAAACAUGGUAGGACCUCUGCUAGUUCAUUUGCUCUUACAAGGCGUUCUGCUGUAUGAGUCUUUGGCAUGGUAUGUGACAAUGCCAAAGGAAAUUCGCGGCCUCAAAGGUUCCUGUCUGGUCAUACCAUGUUCUUAUAGCUACAAUAUAUACCCACCAACAAACCCAAGUAGAGUUGUUUGGUAUCAGUACGCCUCUAUGGGUUAUCCUUUAGUUUAUGAUCCAUGGUAUCCAAAUGAUGUCAUUGAGAAGUUUAGAGGGAAAACUGAUUUAUACAGAAGACCAAGUUGGGAUUGCAGUCUAUUGAUUAAAAACCUGGAACACUCUCACCAUGGAGAAACAAUAUACACAUGGAUUGACCCUGAAAACGUUGGAAAGAGCACUUACGCAUUUUAUGAUGUCACUUCUACUAUUCGUGUUGAUGAAAGUCCACAUCAGCCCAGCAUCAGUAUUUACGGAGGUGAAAGGAUGGGUGACACAAUCACAGUAGUGUGUUCAACUUUCCACACGUGUCCAUACAGCAAACCAACCAUCACUCUGAACGGUAUAGACGGAUCUGAUCAAAUAGAGAACAAGCAUUUUAAAGACGGUCUGUGGAAAAUCACUCUGACACGGAAAGAUAUUGUAAAGGCAGAGCAUUUGACUAUUCGGUGUUCAGUAAGACAUUAUGGUGGCAGAACGGUGUAUGCUGAAAAAGACAAAAAGGCAGAAUGUGUUUAUCAGAAAAUAUCGAUUGAACCUGAACUGGGAGAUGUCACAGUCGGCAUCGCAAAGAAAUUCACGUGUAGCGUCUACCAUUCCUGCCAGAACAAGAAUCCAGUCAUCAAAUGGAACUAUGGGAACAUGCGGACCACAGGACACGAAAGAAAACUUUCUGAUUUAAAUUGGGUCAGCUCUUCCAACAUUGACUUCAUAGCCACAAAAGAAGAUAAUGAGAAGAAGUUGAUAUGCACUGCAAGUUUUCUUGAACGGAAAACUACAGCUUCUGUUAUUCUACAAGUACAACGUGUUCUGCUGUAUGAUGCUUUGGGAUGGGAAGUGAGUUUGCCAAAAGACAUUCACGGUCUCCAAGGUUCCUGUCUGGUCAUACCAUGUUAUUUUACAUAUAAAUCAAACCCACCCAAAAACCCACGUAGCGUUGUGUGGUAUCUGCGGGGCUCUAAAGGUUUAACUUCAGUCUAUGAUCCUAUGAAUCCAUACAAUGUCAAUGAGAAAUUCAGAGGAAAAACUGAUUUAUAUGGAGAAUCAAAUUGGGAUUGCAGUCUGCUGAUCAAAACUCUGGAAUCAUCUCACAAUGGAGAGAAAUUAUACACAAGGAUUGACCCUGAAAAUAUUGCAUGGAAAAACUAUGAAACUGAUGACGCUACAUCUACAGUUCUUGUUGAUGCAAGUCCAUGGCAGCCCAGCAUCAAAAUCUUUGGAGGUGACAGAACGGGUGACGCAGUCACUGUAACAUGUUCAACUUUUCACACAUGUCCCUUUAACAAACCAAAAAUCACUCUGAACGGUAUAGAAGGACCUGAUGAAAUAAAGGAUGAGUCUGUUAAAGACGGCUUGUGGAAAAGCACUCUGAUACGCACAGGUGUCGUAAAGACAGAAAGCUCAACUAUUAAGUGUUUAGUAACACAUCAUGGCAACAUUCCAGCGACAGCUACAGAGAUCAAAAAUUCUAAAUGUGUUCAUUAUAACAUAUCGAUUGAGCCUGAACUGGCAGAUGUCACAGAGGGCAUCGCGAGCAACUUCACUUGUACCAUCUACCAUUUCUGCCAGAAAAAUCCAGUCGUCACAUGGAACUAUGAGAACAUGCAGGUCUCAGCAUGGAACAAAAAGCAUUCUGAUUUAGAUCAGUUUCAGAUCACUUUUUCCAACAUAACUUUUCUGGGUGCUAAAGAAGACAAUGGGAAGAGACUGAUAUGCGCUGCAGAAUUUUCUGGAGGAAGCAUUGAAACGUAUGUUGUUUUGCGUGUACAAGAAUAUCAAACACCGGCAGAACCAGUCCUUAAUGAAACCUAUUUCCAGUACGUGGCAGAUGUGACACCUAAGAUCACUGCAUUGCAUCGUUCAUGUGUGGUAAUACCGUGCAGUUUCAAGACAGAUGAGGAAUAUCUCACUCGACUUCGGGUUCUCUGGGUCACCAGAAAAGGUGGCUACAUGUUCCACACCGACCCAGUUGAUGUCUUGGACAACUUCAAAGGCCGCACAAGGCUCCUCGGAAACCCGGAUGAGCAGGACUGCACUGUAGAGAUGGACGAUGUCCAAACUCACGACAACGGGCCUUUUUGCUUCCAGGCAGAAAGAGGAAACGAUAAAUACAGAUUCAACAACAGCUGCGUGUUCAUUAUAAUGCGUGCUCCGGACAAACCUGUGAUUUCAUCCCUCCCUGAAGACAUCGACCCCGGGACGCGGGUCACUGUCAAAUGCUCAGUCAACCACACAUGCUCCUCUCACCCUCCUGAAAUCGCCUGGAACAUCCCAACAACCCGAGAAACUAUCAGCCACAAUCACAUGGGUGGAGGCAUCUGGGAAACGGUGUCUGCUGUGAUGUUUAGUCCAACUGGAUAUGAAGAGAACGAUGAAAUUGUCUGCACUGCCAUAUUUUGGGGCGGUAAAACACAGAAAAACACUGCCUUCCUCAGUAUUAGAAGAGUGAAAAGGCUUACAUUGGAGACAGUGGGGUUGUAUGCUACAGCUGUCUCGCUUGUGUUCAUCCUCAUUUGCGUGCUUGCUGGAGUCUUAAUACGCAGGAGACGGCACAGACACCCUCAUAAUAUGCAAGAGUCUCAUACACAGUCUGAACAGAGGAGAUCGUUCUGGAACAGAUUCUCAAGUCGAUUUAGUAUGCCUGAAGGAAGAGCAGCUUGGACUACAGGAGGAAACAGGAGAGAUAUAGGGUACACUGAAAAUCCUCCUAGAAGACCACCAAAGGCUGGACAAAGGUACACUGAAAAUGCUCCUGAAAGACCACCAAAGGCUGGACAAAGGUAUGCUGGAAAUGCUCCUGGAAGACCACCAAAGCCUGAACAAAGACAGAGCAUCUUGAGCCGAUUUUCUAGACACCAAUCGCCCAGAACCAAUGCAAAUCUGAGAGCAGAAUACAAGGCAAACAACACAUGUACACUGUCAGGAGACAACCCUUUCUCCAAACCUCAUAGGCCAUCACCAAAGAGUGAGCCAAAAUCCUACCGUUAUGAUUCCGAUGCUGUUGUUAUAUAUGGAAAUGCCUUAUGAAAAUGUUGCAUCAUCGAGGCCGUGCAAGUGCUCCGAGCUCGCUUUGAGUCCAGAUCACAUCUUUUCUCCUUCCUGUCCACCUGCUUUAUGUUUUAUAAAACAAAGAUAACAGAAAUUAUACAGAAUUUUCUCACAUUAUGGUUUAGGAAGUGUUUCAUUUUAGAACUGUAUAUAUAUAUAUAUAUAUAUAUAUAUAUAUAUAUAUAUAUAUAUAUAUAUAUAUAUAUAUAUAUAUAUAUAUAUAUAUAGUUUUUGUUUGUGUGAACUGUAAUAUCCCUUUAUGCUUCACACAUUAUUCAGCAAAAUUAUUUUUUGUGAAUUGCACUGUUUAAAUUAUGCUUGUGCUACUGUCCUCUAAAAUAAGGGAAAUACAUGUUGCUUGUGGCUUAACUUCACUUAAUUGUAAUUGAAUAUUUAUAUAUCACAUGCUUUCUAAACCACUUCAUUUUUAUCUAAUCAUCAGUCUAGUCUGAAAUAUAGAAUAAAAUGAUUAUGAUAUAAAGUAAAAGUAAAGGAACUUCUAUACGUGACUGCAGAGAAGAAAACAACAUCUCUGAGUUGGUCCGAGAAUAACAGGACGUCCUGACGUAAGAUAGGGUGACGUGUUCUAACUAUUUUCAUUGGUCAGGUGGGGAUUUUUGUCACCUUGAAAUGUAUACUUUUGACUAUAAAAACUCUGGUCAGUGAGCCUCACCCUUGUCUCUUUGCUCACAGACCCAGACCACUUCUCUGCAGAGAAAUAAAAUCAAGGCAAAGACAACUUUGUUCGGCUCUUCAAUCUCAGUCUUCACACUUAGUUUAUUACUUUGACAAAAUAAGAAUUUCCACAACAACACUUAAAAC